CACCCGUACGUUUACAGCUCCCUACUAUAUAUAUACACACCCAAAUGGCUUUCUCGUUAUCUUCAAUUUCUCUCUCUAUAUCUAUCCUCAUCAAGAAGUUCCAUUUUUCCCCAAAAUUUCUCAAUUCCAUUGGUUCUUAUGAAAUGGGUUCAUCGUUUUCAGUAAUGGGUUGGAGCAGAACCUCCGCCGGAGACCGGUCUCUGGGGACCGGGUUGGGGGACCUGCCGGAGAGCUGCGUGGCCACGGUGCUGGCGCAUCUGGACCCGCCGCAGAUCUGCCGGAUGGCGAUGCUGAACCGGGCUUUUAGGGGGGCGUCGUCGGCGGAUUUCGUCUGGGAGUCGAAGCUGCCCUCGAAUUAUGGAGAUGUUAUUGGUAAAGUGUUUGAGAAAGAUGAAGGCUUUUGUGAAGGUCUCUGCAAGAGGGAUAUUUAUUCCAGGCUUUGUAGGCCUAAUUAUUUGGAUGGUGGCACAAAGAAAGUGUGGUUGGAUAAGAGCACAGGCAAGACUUGUAUGUUGAUAUCAUCAAAUGGGUUGGCUAUAACAGGAAUCGAUGAUCGGAGAUAUUGGAGCCGCAUUCCAAUGGAAGGAUCAAGGUGAGGUUUAGACUUUAGAAUUAAUCGUGUCGUUCACACUGUUUUGGGUCUCUUCAA